CCUUGAACAAAGAGACUCAAGGUCGUGCGGGAAGAUUUGACUUCGACUUCCUCCGUGUCGAUGGAGUACCUACAGAAAUAUAUGGAAGAUUUAGAACACUUACCACCUCAUUUGCGACAAGAAUUUGAAAUUAUGCGUGAUCUUGAUCAAAAAGUCCAGGAUAUCAUUCGUCAAACACAACAACGCACAACCUAUCUAUUUGAACAUGCAUAUGAAAUGUCCAAAGAGGAACGCAAAGCACAAAUUGAACAAAUACAAAGUUUAUUUAAAAAAGGCAAAGAAAUUAGUAACGAUAAGGUGUCCAGAGCUGAAAGUGCUUAUGAACUAGUUGACAAACAAAUACGUCGACUAGAUGCAGAUAUGUUUGAAUUCAAAAAGGCAUUAGCUGAAAAAGAGUCUAAGAAAGUGAAAAAAUCUCGAACAAAACAAGAACAAGAGCCGGUUAUUUCUCCUAAAAUCCCAGCUACUGCUGCAUUGGCAUUGGCAUUGACGAAUAAUCCUAGAGAAGUAUUAGAUAUGCCAGUUGAUCCAAAUGAACCUACCUAUUGUAUAUGUCAACAAGUAUCCUAUGGCGAAAUGGUUGCGUGUGAUAAUCGUGAUUGUGCAAUUGAAUGGUUCCAUUUCGAGUGUGUUGGUUUAGUGAAUAAACCACGUGGACAAUGGUAUUGUCCUCAGUGUAUAGCUCAAGGAUUUCCUUUGAAAAAAGAUGACUAGUAAAGCCAUUACAGACAACUUUAAUUGUCUGACUUCUUUGUUCUUGUAUUUUACGAUGCUUGUUGUAUCUCAUCAACAAUAUCUUCCUCUUUUAUUUCUUUUCGCAUUAUGUAAUUUGCACUGUGUAAAUAGAUGAAUAUUCCAGCGUGUCAUUUUUCUCCUGUAUAUAGAUAUACUUGUUAAUACUUCAUCAUUUGCAUACUUCCAUGUGAAUAUUUGGUUGUUCAGCAUGUCAACACCCACUAGAAAGACUAAAAAGCGACACUCCAGCAUAAAUGCUCCAUUCAAAUCUCCAUUAAAAAGGAUCAAUGAAAGUAACAGUUUCACCGAUCCUACUAUUAACAAUCAAAACAAUGAAAUUAAUGAACAACCAGAUGUUAUUAGAAGUCAAUUAAACCUAAAUGAUACUAAUAAACAAACUAGUUCAUUCCACACUGAGCUGCAACACCUCGGGAAAGAGAAUAUUCACAUUGCUAAAGUUAUCAUUGAUGAUGUCAACGACAACGAGGACAACGACGACUUGGAUGACAACAGUAAAAUAGAAAAUUGUAUUAACAAACUGUUAUCAAAGCGACCAAAUCAAAGUUAUAUUGAUUUAGAGUUGGAGUUAGCUAAGUGUCGUAAUCGUUUACAUGCUUACAAUGAGGCCAAAGAUUCAUGUGUAAUACUAUUUGGUCUGUUAGCAAACAAUCGAGGUUGUCUGGUCCGAGAAUUGUAUUCUGAAUUCGAUUUGAAUCUGGACGACUAGAGACUAUUAGUUUUCGUUGUUUUUAUUUUGCUGUCUUUUUUGUUAAGAUGAAGCGUAUACCAAAUCAGAAAGCCGAUUUGUAUUGUUUCACCUUGCUUGUACAUAAAUUGUUUCAGAGAUUGAGUUUAAAAUUUAUGACAGCUCUAUUAAUAUGAUUAUUGUUAUUAUUAAUUCUAAUGUUGUACACACGGUCAUGACUUUUUAUCUUGUGUUAAAAAUAGAAACUUUUGAGGUUUGAACGUAUUAGUUUGCUAAACCAUGCUAAUAUAUUUUUAAAAACUCAUUUUCAGUGUUUAUAGUUGAAAUUUACAGACAAAAUGAGUGUUCCUAAAGUGAUCGACACCGGAUCACUGAUGAAUAGUUAUACUGAUCAUAAAUAUUCCCAAUUUAUAUUGUGAUAGUUGGUAAACCAUUUAUUUUUGUCCAGUUGUUCUAGACUAAUUCUAUCCAAAAUUCUCUGAGCAGCUUACUGCUAGUUGUCAUCUUAAUUCUUACGUCUCAUGAUGUUCAUUAUGACUUUUCAUUUUCUUCUGAUUCCUCUUAUCCGGGUAUUCUGUCGUCAACUUUGAUUGCACUAACUACAUAGUCCGGUUAGGUCAUUAGUUACUUGGUUAUUCAAACGUAACGUAGAACCUAGCAAAUGCAUAUACCAGUACAGGUUGUCGUACCUCUUCGCACAGCAGAAUAAAAUUGUCAGAACGAAUUCCAGAUUAAUAAAGGUAGUGACAAUAUUAGUCGUGGUAAAAAAUCAGGUAUAGAAAAUAUGGAUUCCAUUCAUUACUCAUCGCCUGUUUCCCUCGUGGAGAUACAUAGGCCACCCACCAGUAUUCUCCAUUCAACUGUGUUUUGGCCUAUCCUUUUCAGUCUGCUUCCAAUCCCCGGCGCAAUCUGUUCUUUGGUUUUUCUCUUCCGUUUUUCUUCAGAAUUCCAAGUUAGCACCUACCUCGUGCUGCAGUUUGUCGAUUUCCGUAAUGUGCGCCUUUUCCGCACAUUGGAUAUCUUUAGUAGACAAAUUUUUAUAAAUACUUGUACCUUCUUGAUGGUGGUUGUAGUAGUUCUUCGAGUUUCAGCUCCAUACCGCAGAAUUGUCUUGAUGUUCGUAUUGAAGAUUUUAUUUUGAUAUUGGUUGACAGCUUUUUUUGAGUUACAUAUGUCCUUCAACUGUAGAAAUACUGUCCUUGUUUUGUCAAUCCUCGCCUUUACGUUUGCACAAGAUCCUCCACGUUCACCGACGAUGCUACCCAGAUACUUUCUACCUCUCCCAGAGUUUCUCCAUCAAGUGUGAUUGGUUUGGUUUUCUCCGUGUUGAAUUUUAUGAUCUUGCUUUUUCCCUUGUGUGUGUUGUGGCCUGCUGAUACAGAGGUUGCUGUUACACUAUUUGUCAUCAUCUACGCUUGUUCGUGUGUAUGGGAUCGCAGGGCCAGGUCAUCUGCGAAGUCCUAAUCUUCUAAUUGAUUCCGAGCUGUCCAUUGUAUUUCGUGCUUCUCGUCAGAUGUGAAGGUCUUCGUAGUCCAGUCAAUCACCAGAAGAAGGAAGGGAGUAAGCAGCGUUUUCCGACUUUGGUCCUCACUUAAAAUGCGUCUGUCAGCUGUCCUCCAUGCAUCACUUUGCAGUGUAGUCCGCCAUAUGGUGUUGACGAUCUACUUACGUACACCAUAGUCUCGAAGGAGGUUCCGUUAGGUUCUAUCCACACUGUCGAAUGCAUUCUCAUAGUCAAGGAAGUUGAUGUAUAGUGACGAGUCCCAUUCCAUUGAUUGUUCAGCAAUGAUCCAUAGUGUCGCAAUUAAUAUACGGAUUGGUAGCACAAAAAGUUUUAGAAAACCAAGUAUCCGCGUCAUUGUGGUCGAUUUUGAGUUGUCACCAACGGUCUCUAAACAUUGGUUAUGAUAAUCAUGUGGACCGAAACCAGAUGGUCUGCACAUACUCAAUAAUCAGUUUUCAUGGAGUGCUGUCACAUCCUGAUUUGGCAGCUUCUAGCCUACCCCAACAUCGCGCGUCUAGUUGGUCAGUGGGUGGGCAUAUGUAAUACAUUUCCAAAGUGAUGUAAGUUGGCAAAAGCCAACUGAGAUUUAUGAAUUCGUCCUACGAUAUUGUCAGGCACCAGGGUUAGUGAGACCUCCAAGAUAAGUAGUGACUGACAUACUUAACUACUUCACUGCUUAUUCUUAGUUUAGGCGUUGAUGCAGAACAGUUCUGAGUCUAAAAAUCGCUUGAACUGUUGCGUAAAGUGGUUAGGAGACUACAUUUUUAGUCUUUGCCAAAUAGAACCAUAUCAUCUGCAUUUUCUAAGUUAACAAGUGAGUCUCCUGGUGGAAGGUCGAUUCUUGAUAGGUCAGACAGCGAGUGUUAUCUCUAGAAGAAUAUUCAGUAGUGUUUGAGUAGAAAGCUUGUACAAGAUUGAUACGCUUGUAAUGAAACACUCACAAAACUUUUCGAUCUCCAAAGAUAAGUGCCGCCUUAAUUCCGAGAAAUAUAAUGGUCAGUAUGUAUGUCCUCCAGAACCUGAUGAAGGGAGAAUAUUUAGUCUGCAUAUUCAUGAGUGGGUCUUAAACCAGCUUGGUUUUCUCGGGUUCGCUCUUCAUAAGCACUAGCUAUGUGUUGGAUGAUUGUUGAGAUUAACAUUUUGGACAGUUACCUAAACUGAUUCAUAUGAAGUUAUCACAAGAGGGCUUAUGGACUGAAAUGAUCAGAGAUCGAGACCAGUCAGGUUUUAGUGUGCUCAGUUCCCAGACUCUAGCUACUAUCUCAGCCAAUUUAGCAACUAAGACUGAAUCACUUUUUGGAAAUCUCAGCUGUUACGCUCCUUUGUUUUAGACUAGCUGUGGCACUUUCUACUUCUUAAGAGUCGGGGGCCUAUGCUGACAUCUGAUUUUGGCUGUUUGGUAAAAGUCGGCAACUUAUGGGUGGCAAUCAAUAUGUUCUUCAGUGUUCUGUCCACCGUUCCAGUCUCUUGGGCUGCGAGUGAAUCAUUAUCCCAUCCUUUUUAAAAAUAGUUUCACCAACUUUCAGAUUUCAAAUGCCAACUGGAGCAAAAAGAAUAGCAGAGACGGUGGCGAUAGGCUACAGUAGACAAAUUUACUGCCUUUCACAGUUACACUGUAGUGCGACUCUGGAAAUUUCCUUUAAUUGUGCUUUGUUCAUUGAAAUCAAAGAUAUGCAAAUCGGUUAUACGUCUAAUUUUAUUCUUGUAUGAGGGAUAUAUGACCAGGAUCUUAUUCAUUUAAGAACCGAGAGUACUGAACUGAUAAUCAUAUCCAUCAACAAUGACGGCGGAAAACGCUGCAAGAGAAGGAAACAUGAGACAAUCGUAUGAUACAACAAAGACACUCGUUGGAAAUUAUUGUAAACCAGAACGACCAAUGAAAAGCAAGGAAGGCAAAGUAACCACGAACAUUGAAGAACAGCGAAACCAUUGGGUAAAGCACAUGAAAGAACUCUUGAGUCGAUUAGCCCCACUGAACACACCCAACAUCGAAGCAGCACCCACGGACCUCCCAAUCGAUGUUGGUCCAUCAACAAUUGAAGCGAUCAGCAUGGCCAUCAGUCAAUCAGUAACAACGUAGAACUUCGUAUGUACGUACAUCAGUUCGAGUUGCCAUACCACAUUAGCACAUAAAUACAAUUGUCGAUUCAAAUCCCAUAGUAUUAGAGGUAGUAAAAGUAUAAGCAGUAAUCGGAAAGAUUAGGGUUUGAAGAUGUUAUUCAAGGAGUAUAAUCCAGUGAAAUAGAUUUAGAAAGAGAAAAAAGGGACAUGAAUAAUCCAGAUUAAAACUUGGAAGAAUGCAAGGAGUGGAUGCACCUGAGCCAUUUCAAACGAGAUUUGUAACCAUCGAUUGCUAUCGUCUCACGGAUCCCAACUAGGUAGUCUACAAAUACAAACAUGGCUCAGUACACUUGUCAGUCAGUGACUUCAUGGAUUUGUGCCACGUUUUUGUCUGGCCACCCUUAGCUUUCUUCCAACCUGCUCCUAUACCACUGAACAUCGCACGUCGAGGCAGUCGGUCGUUGGGCAUACGUAACACGUGUCCAAGCCAUCUCAACUGAUGAAGUUUCACUACGUCAUCAAUUGAUUUACCAUCCUUACCUAGUACCCGUUUCCUAACAACUGCAUUACUUACUCGGUGGUCACAGGAUAUACUAGCAAUGCUUCGAAGACACCUAUGAUCGAAUACUAGUAACCUACGAAUAUCCUCUACUCUUACCGGCCAUGUUUCACUGGCAUAAAGAAGGACGGAACGAACUGCUGUGCAGUAAACCCAUCCUUUGGUUGGUAGACGGAUAUCUCGCGUACGCCAUAAAUGACGCAAGUUGGCGAAAGCUAGUCUAGCCUUCUGUAUCCGCGCUGAGAUUUCGCCACACACCAGACCACAAGGGCUGAUGAGACUUCCAAGAUAAGUGAAGCAGUCGACACGCUCAACUACUUAACUCCCUAACCUUAGUUUGGGUGUCGGUGCAACCCAAUCCUGAAGUAACAUUUUGCAUUUCGAGGGUAAGAAUCUCAUCCAGAACACGCUUGCAAUGUUGCCUAGGGUGAUUAGAAGACUGAGAAUUUAGUCAGCGUCUUCACCAAAUAGAACUAUGUCAUCGGCAUAUUCUAAGUCAACAAGUGAAUCGCCCAAUAGAAGUUCAAUCCCUGAAAAUUUAGAUGAGGAAAGUGUCACCUCUAAAAACAUGUCUACGAUAAAGUUAAACAAGAAUGGAGAGAGUGGUACAAUGAGGCACCAAAUACAUAUGCGCCACACAAAUCAUAUGAGAUUUGUGUAAGGGCUGUGAUACCGUAUGGGUGCCCAAACCGAAGCAGGUGGCUUUCUUAGGGGGCCACACCCCGAACCUUUGACCUAAAGGUCUAAUCCACAAGGCAGUGGAGCAUCGUAAGGAGAUGCAGUCCCAUGGUAACUGGUGACCAACAAUAGGUUUUUACACCAUUUGCUGUCUUAGGAUUCUGGAACCCAUGCACAUCACUGGUUUAGAAUCAGGUUGUUCCAACUCCCCCAGGUGGAUCCUCCGUACACACCGACCCGGUCAAAGCGCCGGACGCCCGCCUUUCAUUCUCUCAACUUUCUAAAAUACACCCCCGCAACGAGCAGAUAGUGAGUAGUCCUUCCCUGGCAGUGGUUUUAAGCACGUGGCCACUUGAGAGCAUUCCGAGAGGGAGAGCUGACUCUCUCCCCACUCUCGAUUGUACCAGGGCAUUUGGGGGCUUCCUAGUCUGAACCAUAUUGGUAGAUGCAGACUACUUGGUUGGGGUACGCGUAACUAUCGUAUCCAAUGGUUAGAGACUCGGAGUGACAUAGCUCAGAGUCGAUCGCAAUGGCGUAGGUGUAUACACUCUCUGUCUUCCCUUAAACUUAGAGAUUAAACUUACUUUAUACCUUUCUUUCUACGAACCAAUUCUUUCUUCUUGUACUAUGUCCUUAUACACAAUCUUUCUUUUAUACAUUACUACCAUUGAGGUGACUGCUUCUAUGAAUUUGGUGUUCAUC